AUGCGCUUGCAUUGGCUACUGUGCCAUGGUUUGGUGGUGUGGGUGCAGCUUGCCCAGCGCGCUGCUUGCGACAUCGCGCUGGGGGCGCUAGCGGGCUGGACGGCCUACGAGCCUGAAGAGCUGAUCGCCCUCAUUGCCGCAUUCUUGGAUUACCAGAAGAACUGGGAUGUCUCUUUAGCAGCCCGGCUAGGCCCCCCCAUCGUGCCCAUUCCGGGGGGUGUGCAUGCAAAUGCGACGCGCAUUGCACUCCGCAUCGGAACAACACACCUCGAGCAGGAAGUGGGGGUUGCAACGGCUUUGGACAUGAUGCUAGGACUGGAUGACGAGCCGCCCGUUGUGGGGCUUAUCGGUUCCACCAUCUCGUCUGUCACGAUGGCGAUUGUGGCGCUAAACCGAGGGUUGUCCCUGCAGGCAACUGUGGCAGGGGUCCGCCAGGUCCCGCAAGUGUCCUCCACAGCCACGAGCCUCGCACUGUCGAACAAGGACUCGUACCCUUUCUUUUUGCGCACUGUGGCACCAGACAAUAUCCAGGCCCUUGCCAUGUGGAGCUGGAUCCUACACUUUGACGUUGUGCUGGCGACUUGCGUUUACACAACGGAGAGCUACGGCCUAGGUCUUUUCAGCACCCUCACGGAAUUUGCUGCCAAAGCAAAGCAACAAGGCCGCGUGCAGGGAGUGUCUCUCCGAUAUAUGCCAAAGAACUUCAUCAAGGAGGAAGCCCGAGACGUCGCGAGAGCUGUUCAGCGCAUGGGCUCUCGCUUCGUGUUUCUGCUCAUAAGCAACGUUCGUGAAUUUCUGUUGAUCCUGAAAGAGGAAAAGAUGUUGGGUGCAGGUUGGCAGGUCGUAGGAUCCGACUCUAGCGGCUCAGCUGCCGACAUCCGCAGCUUGCUGCCUGUGGGAUUCAUGCUCUUUCAGUCGACAAGCAAAGGAGCCAAAAUGCAGGAUUUCCAGUAUCUCUGGUCGAGGUUAGAACCAGGAGAUAUGAUCGGCCCAGCUGCAGAUGCCAAGUACAAGCUGCAGAAGAUGAGGGUGCAGCUGGAUUCGCAGGCUGUUGUGGACGCUUUGUCGGCGAAUCCGGAGACACUGUCAGGAUGGGCUGCGCUGAUGUUCGAUGCUUUGUACGUAUUCCUGCUAGCCAUCAAUGCACUCCUGCACAAAGGAGUCGUAGAGUCUGAGAUGCGAGGCCCUUUGCUCUUGCAAGAGAUGCUUUCCCUCUCCUUCACCGGCAUCUCCGGCGAGGUGAGCUUUGAUGAAAACGGCGACCGUAUGUCAGCCUUUGACCUGCUGAACGUGCAAGUUGAUCGACUGUCCCGUUUCCCGACGUUGAUCCACGCGGCCACCUUCAGUGCAUCUACGAGAAGCUUUAGAAUUCCAAAAGACUUGGUCUGGAUGAAUGGGCAGGCACAAAGCAGGUUUCCCGAGGAACUGUCAGCCUGCGAUGUCGGUUUCUAUAAGGAGGAGGACUCCAGACAGUGCAAACUCUGUCCGAAAGGCAUGAUGUGCUUAGGGAACAAUGCCUCCUUCACUCCCUGUCCCAGGGGGACCUACGCGAAUGAAACAGGUCUGUCGAACUGCACCAAGUGUCCAGAGGGUCACUUUGCAGCGGAUGUCGGUUCCUUCGAGUGCAGCGCCUUGUUCAGCAUGUUAGCUCAAAAGAACGGACCCAUGCUUUGCUUCCUUGGGCAUUGUUGCCUUGCAUUUGCCGAGGUGCUUGUCUUCCAGGGUCUGAGGAUGCACUUCGUGUGGCAAGAAUCAGAUUACGGAAGAGAGCGGGCCUACGAUGUCCGAAAGGUUUGGGCCGCCCGCUUCAGCGAGCUGGCUUUUGGGAGUGUCCAGAAGCAAAGUUGGGCAGCUGUGCGUUCGGACGAGAAGGGUUUAAAUCUUCUCACGGCUGCUGCAGUGGCCGGCCAGCUGCUAUUGGCUAUCCAAAUGCUUGGCACCAUGCGACAGUUGUCCAUCGAAUGGCAAGACCCUGUUAGGCAACUCCUUGACCUUUCCAGGUUCAUCACCUUGGACUUCGACAUUAUCCGCCUAUCGUGCCUGUACGGAGCGGACAGCGCUGUCCUGUAUUUCGUGAGUCAGCUGCUGGCGUGUCCAGCAAGCUGUGCCAUUCUUCUAUUGACCUGGCUGUUGAUGAAUGCUGUUGGCCGGGCAAAGCCUUGGGAUGCAGUGCUGAAUCUAUGUGGAUCGCUGCUGUUUGCCUUUUUCUUGUCCAUUACCCUCACCACAUUGGUUCCUUUCCAAUGCACUUCAAAUCCAAAUGGUAGCUCCUCGAUGGUCACGGACCCUGGCAUUAUUUGCUACGAAUCCGAGGAGCACCAGGCUAUGGUCAUCCUGGCAGUGCUGGGUAUGCUCGGUCAGCCAGUGGCGUUUCUGGCUUGGGCUUCAUAUGCUACCUUGAUGUACCCGUCGCGGAUUGCCAGUGGGAGGGGCCUCCGUCUCGUGAAUAGAUAUCGAUUCUUCUUUCAUCGCUUCAAGCCACAAAAUUUUUACUAUGGUCUGACUCUGCUUUACCGUGGUGCUCUGGUGGCUCUAUUGCCCGUUCUGACCAUGGAAGUGCCGGAGCUGCAAGUCCCUGCAAUGGGAGUCGUCUUACUUGCGGGUUUGGUUUUGCAAGCCCGCACAUACCCUUGGCGCACGGUCCAGGCCAACCACAUGGACUUGCUGCUGACGGCUUUGUUACUGGUGAUUCUUCUAGGUGCGGCCCCACUUCUUUCCGCAGACCUCAAAAAAAACUCUCUGGUGCUUGGCUGGCUCCUCUGCAUUCCUGUCCUUGGGCUCCUACUUGCGGGUGUGUUAGCCAUUCUACGAGCUUUGUGGAAGCAUCUGAGAAGCAGCUGUCUGUUUGGAGUCUUUCUUUGUCAUCACAAGGGUGGUGCAGGCAGCCUCUGCCGGUUGAUGAAGAUCUUGAUUGCAAAGCACAGCUCGACUCGGGUCUUUCUGGAUUGCGACCAGUUAGAGAACUUGGAUCUGUUGUUUGACAUCGUUAAAGCAUCAACGAGAAGUUUGGUGGUGGUUCUCACUUCUGAGCUUUUGAAGCGUGUCUACUGUGCUGGGGAAAUCACGACAGCCUGGAAGAACAAGAUCACCACAGUGCCCGUCUUGUGUGACGGCUUCCAGCCACUCACAGAAGAGGCGCAGCGAUUGAUGCCAAGCUGGUGGACGCCGCAACAGAGGCAGAUCCUUGCAGACUUCGGCAUCGACAUUGAGGACGUCCACACCGCCUACACGUGGCUCUGCGACCUCAACCCUGUGAGAAUGCCGCGCUUCGGACCAGUCAGCAGCCGGGAGGAUGCGGUGGUGGAGAUGCUCGGCCGCUGCAGACUCCUCUCGAUGGCAAGCAAAGCCAGUCAGGCAGCCACGGCCGCAGCGGCGGCUGCUGCUACGGCUUUGCCUCUGGCUCCCCUCGGGUUCCGGGAGCAGGGAACAGGGUCGAAAGCCAGGCUCACAGGCUGUGCUCGGAUUCUAAUCAUCAGCUCCAUCACAGAGCCAGAAUCCUUCAGUGCAUGCGAGGUCUUCCAGAUCAUGCUGCAAGAUAGCUUGCAGGUCGAGUGUGUGGUAGUCCAGGGCAAGAGGCAAAUGGCCAAGCUAAAGCCAUGCGCGUAUUACCUUGUCGUGCUGCUGUUUCGAGGCAUCUUCGGCGAUGCAACCUUUUCCAAGCUCCUCCUAGCAGCAUACACUUCACCUGGACAAAGCCUUGAGGUGUUGACCUUGAUUGCGGACCCGCAGUUCGAAUUUCCGAGUAUAGAGUCACUGAGUGUCGCCGCUGACGGCCUGGAUGCGGAUCCUGACGACCAACUGCUACAGGAG